UCUCCUCCCCUCCAUUCCUCUCCCCCUCCGUGCUGGUCGCAGUCUUGAGGACUUGCUAGUGAAUCGGGAGAAAUAAACAGACACUGAGCAGAGGGGAAAAAGGAUACAGGGAGAGAUAGCGUGCGAGAAUUUAAGACAUCUCCUCCCUCCCCUACCCCUCACUAUCUCUCCAUCUUCAUCCCUCGUCUUUUCUUUAAUGGAAAGAAAUUAUCCUGGUACAGGGUUCGGUGAUUUGGGCGCUGGUACGGGAUGGAGUUACGAGAGAUCGGCCAAGGCAAGCCUGGUGUAUGGGAGUUCUAGGUCCUCCCAUCCGGACUCAGAGCUGCUCCAUCGCCAGGCUUAUGGCACACCCCACCCUCUGCAGGGCUACGCAACCAAUCACCAUCCUGGUAGCUCUGGACAGGGCGGGGCAUGGGGGGCUGGGCGGAGUCUAGGCUUAUCUGGGCUGUUUGAUACUGGGCUACACCAUGCCAGUCCCUCUGGUCCAGACCCAUCUGUCAUGAACUUGAUUUCAGCACUAGAGUCCCAGGGUCGGCAGCCACCCCCCUCAGCCUCCUCUCUCCUCUCCCAGUUCCGAACACCCUCCUGGCAGACUGCGAUGCACACUCAGCCAGAGCUCUUCAUCGGGUCUGGCUCCUUCCCCUCCUCCUCCCUCUCGGCCUACCAGCACCCAGCCUCCUUUUCCGGGCGGUCCUUCCCUGGCUCCUCGCUCUCCCUCCAGGACUCCCCCACCUUCAGCCCCACGUCCAACGGCCUCCUGUCCCCCCACGACCCCCUGCUGCACAUCAAGACACCCUCCCAGUCCAGCCUGGGCUUCGACCGCCUACUCUCCUCGCAGGGCGCCGCCUACCGAGGGUCGCAGGACCCCACAGGCCCGCCGCAAACCUCCUCCUCGUCAGGCCGCCACCUACCCCCUCCCCAGUUUAACCUGCUGUCCUCCCAGCUCCAGGACCAGUCCUCCCAGUUGUACAAUGCCUCUGUGUUCUCAUCGGCACCAGGCCCCCCGCCACCCCAGGAAAGGGCCAUCCCACGGCAGGACAGCGUGAUCAAGCACUACCAGCGCUCCUCUCCGGCUCAGUCGCAGCUCUCCUCCUCAGCCCCCCAUCCCCUGCAGCACUACCUCAGCUGUGGGGCAUCGGGGUACCAGCAGAUUUCCCACCACCGGCAUGGAGGGGUGUCCUGCAGUCCGCUGGGGGAGCAGAGCCCUUCAGCAGACCCCAAACCCUCCCCCCGUUCAGACCAAGUGUACCGCCCCAUCAUCCAGACCCCGUACACCUCCUCCGCCGCCUCCUCGUCAGGGUCAGGUGGAGGUCUAGGGAAAGGGGCUAAGAACUCCAGUUCCAGUAGUGGCUACUCCUCCUCGGGCUCCUCGUCGUCCCGAACUCCCCACACCCCACCCUCAGCCUCCUCCACCUCCUCGUCCUCCUCAAACCCCAACCCUAACCCUUCCUCCAGCUCUUCGUCUGCCCCCUCCAGACAGCAGCCCCCAACUCAGUCGGCGCCCCCCCCCCCCCCCAGUCUCAUCGCCCCAGCCCAGCAGCCUCCUCUUAAACCCUGCCUGUCAGCAUAUGGCUCCCCUGUGGCCCCCAUCAAGCCCACCACAGGCCUCCCUGGCCAGACACCUCCCCAGCAGCAGUCAUACUCACCCAGCCAGCCCCCUCCCUCACACCUCCCCUCCCACCAGCCCUAUGGGGGCUUCAGCUCCCCCCAGGACCUGACCUCUGGCCCUGGGAGUUCUGGGAAAGGGUAUGGAGGACUAGGGCCAGGAGGCCGCUCCUUCUCUGCCGAGGUGGUCUACGGGACGGACUCAGGAUACGGCUCGCUGCCUACCUCCCUUGGGGGAGCAGGCAGUCCCUCGUUGGGAUACAGUGGCCCAAGGCACUCCCCUGCCCUCCUGGGGUCUGGAGGGGGUGGAGGGUCAGCCGGCAGCGGGGCAGGGUCCGGGGCUGGUGGAGGUGGAUCAGGAGUUGGGGGUGCAGGAUCAGGAUCAGGUGGUAGCAGCUCAUACCACCUCCCUGACUCCAGCCCUUCUCCCUCCAGCAUCAUUCGACCUGGGCUGCACUCUCCUGCUCCCGCCCGUCCUGCCCAGUCCCCCGGGGGAAACAAAUACCUCUCCUCCGUCCUCUCCCCUGCCUUCCUGUCCUCUCCGCAGGGCUACCCCGACACCCGAGGCGCCCAGCCUCAGUCCUACCACCCCACGCCCCCCAAGCCCAAGCCAGACACUGACAUGCUGGGAGUAGAGCGCUCCCAAGACGAGGAAGAUGACGAGGACUUCCUGAUCCAGCACUUGCUGCAUGCCCAGAGCCCUGCGUCCCACCCGUCCCAGCACCACCCCCAGCAGCAGCCGCCCCAGUCCAUCACUCAGGCCAGGGAUGGGGGCAAAGGUCUGGCCUACGACCUGAACAAGGCCUCUGAGGAGCGCUACCACCUCCAGAGCGUCAUCCGCACCAACAGCGCCACCAACAGCAUGGUUCCCGGUACUGCAGGUAACGUCAGCGGAGGUGGCCUGGAGAGCCAGCUGGAGAUGUCUCUGAAGAAACAGCAGCAGCAGCAGGCCAAGAACGAACUAGGGCUGUCUGGAGCAGGGGCCAGCGGAGGGAGAGGGGGGGCAGACUCCCUCUCACAUCCCAACCCUCACGUCCCCUAUCCGCAGCAACACGACUCCCUCGGCUCAGUUGUGCAAUACGGCAGGGGCGACCCUUACUCCCAACACCCUCACUCCCAGCACCCCCACCAUCCCUCGCAGGUCCCCUCACAUCCCCAACACACCCAGCACUCUCAACAUGCCCACCCCCACUCCCACAUCCACCCUCACAUGGAGCUCAAAAAGCCUCCCGACCCGUCCGAGCUGCCAUACCUGCGGAAGACACCCGAACUGCAGCAGCAGCCCCGACAGCCCCAAUCCUCCCUUUCCCUCAUGGACUCCCCCCCAAACCAGCCCCAGCAGCCUCCCUCUGCCCACAUGCUCCAGUCUGUUCUGUCCCACACUACCCGCAACAAGAUGGACACCCAGCAAGCUGCUUCUCAGCAGCAGCAGCACUCCAUGAGUCAGCAGGCCAUGAUGGGGGCAGGUGGAGAGGCAGAGCCUGGGGGACAAGUGGGGGUGGAUCCCCAGCCCCAGGCUCAAUCCCAGCUGCAGCUCCAACUCCAGUCACAGGCUAUGGAGGCCCACUACGGCCAGAGCCAAGCCAGCCAGAACUCGGUUUCUCCUCUGGGCAUGCUGGAGCGCACCCUGUCUCGGGCCAACAGCAGAGACAGUGGAGGGGCCGCGGAUAGAAGUGGGGUGGGGGGAGGAGAUGGGGGCAGUAGUGAUGGACACAGACAACAACAGCAGCAGCACAGGCUGCCGUCUCAUCACCACUCCCAACAAACUGCCUCCAAGCUUCACAACUUCCUCUCCGAGCCAGACCUGGGCAUAACCACACCCUCCCACCUGCACCACCUCAACCCACACCACCCCCACGUCCAUCACCAACAGCAGACCCACCCGCACCACCCCCUCCCGCACACCCAUGCCCACCACCACUCCCACCACCUGGAGACCAACGCAGGGCCCCAGCAGCAGCCUCCUCCCCAUCAGAGGGACCAGGAGCCCCAGCUCUGCCAAUCCCAGUUGGACCAGCUCAAAGAGCACCAGUUUGACACUGUGAGCCCCGUGGGGAAAGCGGGCCAGAACCAAGGUCAGCAGCAGCAGCACAGGUUUGUGCCUCUGACCUCCAUCUGUUUCCCAGACUCCCUCUUACAGGAUGAGGAUCGCUCCUUCUUCCCCGGCAUGGAGGAUAUGUUCUGCUCUGACGACUACUCCAAGUCGAGCUGCGCCGGGGGUCCUGGGGCAGGCCAAGGGGUCCAGGAAGGUAUGUCUGAGGCACGUGGACAGGGACCAGACAGCAUGGAGGACGUCAAGACCAGUGAUGGAGGAGGUGUGUAUGAUGUGAUGGGUCACCAUGGCGACCAUGGUUACGGGUACUGCCACGGCCUCACGGAAACAGAAAACAGCACCAUGCAUCUGGACCUGGACUCCCUGAAAACCCAUGAGCUCCCCUCCACUGUGAACACAGAGCAGCUCGGCCUCAUCCAGUCCCAGACUGUCUUGGGGGGUCCAGAGGGAGUUCCUGGGGACAGCUCCGCCAACAAGAUGAUUGGGGGUACGGGCGUGGGUGGGGGUUCUGGUCUGGCCGGGCUGACGUCGCCUAUCUUCUGCUCCUCCCGACCCAAGAAGCUGCUGAAGACCAGCUCCUUCCACUUGCUGAAGCAGCGCCGCGACCCGCAGCCACAGGCCAAGAAGAACUACGCCCAGGAGUACGAGUUCGAGGGCGACGAGGACAAGGCUGAUGUUCCCGCUGACAUCCGCCUGAACAGCCGGCGGCUCCCUGACCUCCUCCCCGACCUGGUGUCCAGCUGCAGGAAGGCUGGAGGAGGAGGGGCCUCGGGGAUGGGCUCCCUCAGCCCUCUGAUGGGUGACCUGGACUUCUGCCACCCGUCCGGCUACCCCUCCCUUGGCCCCCCUCCACAUCUCCUACCCCACGACGGGCCCAAGAAGAGGGGCAGGAAACCAACCAAACCCAAACGUGAAGGGCCACCUCGGCCCAGAGGGCGCCCUCGCAUCCGCCCGCUCCCGGAGCCGCCCUACUGUAGGGGGCUGAUGGGAAAUGUAGGCGGGGAGACCCGUAGGGGUCGUGGGCGGGGUAGGGGGCGUGGCAGGAAGGAGGAAGGGAUGAUAGAGAUGCACCGAGACAUGAACAAAGUACCCAACCUCCAAUAUCAGCAACAACAACAGCAGUUCCACCAACAACAGCACUUUCAACAACAGCAGCACCAACACCAUCACUUCCAACCGCAGCAAAAUCUACAACCUCAACAUCAACAGCAGCAACAGCAGCAGCACCUACAACACCUUCAUCAACAACAACAAGCACAGCAUCCACAGCACCAUAAAACUUUCAAGCCUAUCAAGAUCAAGCUGCCUAUUCCCUCUGUGUCUCCCUCUGACUCCUUACUAAGGACAGACUCCCUGUCCAGCACCGACCCGGUUCUCUCUGACGGGUCAGUGGGCUCGGCUCCCUCCCUGGGCCUGAGUCCUGGACCCACUGCUGGGAUGGACAUGAACAUGACCAGGAGCCAGGAGAAGAUGAAGCAGAAAGCUCAAGCCCAGGAGAUGACGUGGGAGAGGGAUAUGGAUGAGCAGCUGACCCCAGAGGCUUGGGCUGCCAUGCAGAAGCUCUCCAACACGACAGAGGACAAGCCCCCGGAGCUGAAGUCUAAUUUCAUGGCCUCCUUCCUGGACUUCCUCAAAACGGGGAAGAAGCAGCCUGAAUCUGGACCUGGUGGACCACAAGACCUAGGAGGGCCAGUGGAAGGAGCUGAAACCACAGACUCUUCCUCCCUGAAGGGUAGGAUCCUGUCCCUGUCUCCCCCUCCACCGCCCCCUCCUCCACCCCCUCCGUUUGGGGACAGUAGCGAGGGCGAGGAUGGGCUGAGUCCCUGUAAGCGUCUGGACGACGAGCUGAAGAGGAACCUGGAGACACUGCCGUCCUUCUCCUCCGACGAGGAGGAGGACUCUGUCAGUAAGAACCAGGACCUGCAGAAGAGCAUCUCCUCGGCCAUAUCUGCCCUUUACGACACUCCCCAUUCACUGGCUGCAGCCGUGGCUCUGCCCCCACCCAGCCCAUCUCCGUCUCAGAGCCCAUCGCUGCCACCAACGCCGCUGCCCGUGGUCCAAAUGCAGGAGGACGUAGCCGAUCUGGAGGAGCAGGACAAUGAAGUAGAGACAAACAUGCAACUUCACAACACACAGGCCAACACACAGCCAAAUACACCAUCCCCAGAACAGGAAGGACUGAGUGGGAUGGACAGAGUGGAUGAACGACAAGAGGAGGAAGAGAAGGAGAUGGAGAAGAAGAGGGUAAAGGAAGAACUGAAUUUAGAGUCUAGGGGUGUGGAGGAAGAAGUAGAGGAGAGAGAAGAGGAGGAGAGAGAGCCUGAGUUUGAGAUGCUGGAUGCUCCUAAAGUGGAAGAUUCUCCAUCCGGGCCUCCCCUACCCCCCUUUCUCCCAUCCCUCUCCCCGUCCACUCUCACUUCUUCCUCCCCCUCCCCCCUACCUCCCCCACCACUCUCCCCACCCUCCCCUCUGCCCUUCCAGCAUGAGGACGAUGAAGAGGAGCAGCAGCAGCAGCCGUCCCCCCAACAAACCCACCACCCCCACCACAACCCCUCCACCUCUCCUCCCCCCAGCUCCUCGCCCCUGGCCCUGCCCUCUCCACCCUCCCCUUCCCCUGCAAUGCCCCCCUCCACUACCCCCCCUCCCUCCUCCUCCCCUCCCCUUUCGGAUGCUACAGAGCUGGCCCAGCCUUCCUCCUUGCCCUCCUCUUCCCCACCCUCACCCCCCACCCCUGAGGAUGCUCCAGCCUCCAAAAUCACCUCUCUGCACCUGGCCAAAAAGCAGGACAAUGCGGCCAUUGCUGGAGAGAGCGAGGAGGAGGACAGCGAGAGUGGCGGCGAGGGCAUCUUCCGGGAGAGGGACGAGUUUGUGGUGCGGACUGAGGACAUUGGCACGCUCAAGGUGGCCCUGCAGACCGGCCGUGAGCCACCACCCAUCUGGAGAGUGCAGAAAGCCCUGCUGCAGAAGUUCAGCCCCGAGAUCAAAGACGGACAGAGGCAGUUCUGUGCCACCAGUAACUAUCUGGGCUACUUUGGCGAUGCCAAGAUGCGGUACCAACGCCUCUAUGUCAAGUUCCUGGAGAAUUUCAAUAAAAAGGAUUAUGUCCGUGUGUGCUCACGUAAACCCUGGCACAGACCUAGACUCAUGUUGAGGCGUCAAUCACUCCCAUCGCUCCCCAAGCCACCUCCCCCUGCCAUCGGUCAAACUCCACCCCGAUUGGAGCGAGAUGAGAGGGAGCGGAAGGAGAAGGAGAAAGAGAGAGAGCAGAAAGAGAAGGAGCAGAAAGAGAGGGAGCAGAAAGAGAGGGAGCAAAAAGAGAGGGAGCAAAAAGAGAGGAAGCAAAAGGGAAAAGAGAAGGAACAGAAAGAGAGAGCGCAAAAGGAAAAGGAGCAGAAAGAGAAAGAGAGGGAACAAAAGGAGAAAGCGAGAGAUCAAAAGGAGAAAGAUAGAGAGAAAGAGAGGAAACAAAAGGAAAAAGCGAAAGAGCAGAAGGAGAGGGAGCAAAAAGAGAAAGAGAGGGAGCAAAAUGAGAAAGAGCGAGAGAGGAGGGAAAAAGAAAAGGAGCGAGAGAGGGAGAGGGAAAAAGAUAAACAGCGAGAGAGGGAGCGAGAGAAGGAGGAGAGAGAAGAAAAAGAGAAGAGGCAUUCACCACCUGAGGAGAAGGUGGAGAGAAGAAGCAGUGAAGUGGACCGAAAGAGAGUGGGGGAGGAGAAGAGAGGAGUAGGAGAGAAGAAGACAGAGCGCCCAUCGAGGGCCAGGCUAGUGAAGGUGGAGCCUCCACCCAAGAAGAGGAAGAAGUGGCUGAAGGAAGUCCCCUCUGACUCAGACUCCUCCCUCGAUGGGCCCAGCGAAGACCAAGCCCCAGUGAGAGGGGGGAUGAACAGUCGAGCCAUGAGGGAGAUGUUCAGGAGUUACAUAGAGAUGCUGGUCAGUACAGCACUUGACCCCGACAUGAUUCAAGCCCUGGAGGACACAGACGACGAGUUGUACCUCCCGCCCAUGAGGAAGAUUGACAGCCUACUCAAUGAACAAAAGAGGAGACUGUUAAGGAGAGUCAACAUGAGUGGCCAACACCAGGAGACUCUGCAUAUGUUCCCCAAAAUGACGGCGGACCCCCUGGACUCUGGAGCGGUCAAAGUGCACCUCAGCGGUGAGUGCUACAGCCGUAAAACCCUCAACCGCGUCAAGAAGAGCACCACGCCCAAACAGCAGGACCUCAAGCUGUCCACAGAGACGUGUCGUGUCUAUAGCCUUUAUCAUUCUCUCCAUCACUACAAGUAUCACACCUUUCUGGACUGCAAGAAGGAGACGGACAGUAUAGAGCAGGCAGCGGAAGACCCUGGUCAGGAGGAGGUGGUGCAGCAGUGUAUGGCUAACCAGGGCUGGCUGGAGACCCUCUUCAACUCCUUCAUCGACCUUCUAACCCUCAGCACCAAAGCCUGAUGAGGGAGGAGGGGACACAGUCUGAAAUAGUGCACUACAAUUGGCCAGGGCCAUAGGGCCUAUAUGGAGAAUAGGGUGCCAUUUGGAAAGCAGAAUGUGGGUUGGAGAAGGGAGGGGAGGGGGGAGGUAUACAGUAUUUGGGAGACAAAGCAAGAGAGUUGGAGUGGAGAACACUGGACCGUACCAAGAUGGAGAGAGAGGGGGGUUUCAGACCCUACCAUUCUAGUUCUUUCCCAGCGAGAAAGAAAGAACAGUCAAUGUUCGGUCUGUGAGUAUGGUUGAGUUUUAACUUAAAAUGGAUGCUACAAUGAACUGUUUUUAGCGCUUUUGUUUAGUUUUUCUAUCACAAAAUAUCUCUUGACUGAAGAAAAAAGAAGGACGGAGGAGAGCAGAGGAGGCGGGUUGAAAAUAGUGAAUGUGUGAAAGGGUAUGACUUCUGCCACUUGACCUGAACAGGAAAAGCAGGGGACCACGGUGAAUCUACAUCCAAACAUGCACGGGCACACACACCAACAUACAAACACUAAAUAUAUAUACGUAUAUAUAUAUAUAUAUAUAUAUAUAUAUAUAUAUAUAUAUAUAUAUAUAUAUAUAUAUAUAUAUACGUAUAUGUAUUAAUAGUUAUGAUUUGUAUUAUUUAUACAAGGAAAUUACCCUCCCUAGCUGGGAUUGUUUGCUGUUGUUAUUUUAAAUAAUCAUGUUUUAUUAGGGUAACAUGAAAUGGCCUACGCAAAAUCCUUUGCUCAGUCCCCCCUUUUACUGCUGAAGGGGAAAAAAGAGUGGAGGGGAGCAAAACUGAGGUGAAGGGAGGGAAGGGGAGAGGUUAGAGGAGUGUGUGAUGUUCCCUUUUUUCUGUCUGCCUAAAUACAUUGUGAGCGGGAAAUAUGCAUUUAAAAACUAAGCAAACUGUGUUCUUUAUGUUUGUUCUUCAAAAGACAAUGAGAGCAGAGUUUACACCUGAAGUUAAUAAAUUAAAAUAAAUAUCUGUUCGCUUUCUAAAAGAAAGCUCUGUGGUUUUAGGGAGGUGUAACUGUUAAAAAGCGUAUAAAAUCUGUGUUGACUGUUUUUAUUUGAUCUGUUUGUUGUUUAUGAUAAUUAUUAUUUUGGAGGUUUACCUAUUUGUUCAAGCUCUCUUAUCUGUAAAUAUUGUACAGUUACUUCAGUCUCUAAAGCCCAGUUCCUCUUCUGUACAUGCUAUUCCUGUAUUUGACAAAAGCAAAUAAAAAAUUGAAAUUGAUGAACAUGACAGGGAAAAACAA